AGGUCAUAGUUUUGAUUAUACAGUUCCAUUAGAGAACAUAAGUAAGUUGAGAAAGAGUUAAAGAAAUCUACAGUAAGUAAUAGCUGUUAAACAUGGAUGAGCACAUUUCUGUUGAAAACAAAGAGUCUGUAUUAAACAUUUGCAGAGAAAGAUCCUUUUCUGCUCCUUAUGUUGGUGAAUUAAAAGUAUCGGUAAAAAUGGAAUCACAGUUUGUAAAAGACGAAAGCGUGGAGACAGAGGAAUCUUUCAUUUCGCCUCUGCAUGGAAUAAGUAGCCGAAAAUACUACAGAUCGACUCAUCACAGGGUGUUUGUUAAUAGAAGUUUGCACCUCGAUAAGAUAAAGUUCUUCGGUUUUGAUAUGGACUAUACGUUGGCACAUUACAACAGUCCUGAAUAUGAAGCAAUGGAAUUUCAUAUACUCUUAGAUCGUUUGGUCUCAAUUGGUUAUCCUAAAGAAUUAAAACAUUUUGAAUAUGAUCCAACAUUCCCUAUUAGGUUUGUAUUAUAUUUUUCUACUGAGUUUAAUUAACUGAUAUCUAUUAAAUUUCAUUCAAAUAUAUAUAUUUUACUUUUGUUUUUCAAUUUUAGCUCUGAUAUCUACAGUAUGUAUCCAAAUAAAUUUAUUCAGCUUGAUGAAUCACGUAUAUUUAUUCUUAAUACAUUGUUUAAUUUACCAGAAGCUUAUCUCUUAGCUUGUGUUGUAGAUUUCUUUUCAAACUCUCCAAAAUAUACUCCAUCUCAAACUGGUGUUAAAAGUGGAAAUGUUUUUAUGUCAUAUAAAUCCAUAUUUCGAGAUUUACGUGAUGCAAUGGAUUGGUUACAUACAAAUGGAGCUUUAAAAGAAGAAACCUUAAAUAAUUUAGAUAAAUAUGUGCACAGGGAUGAACGUCUUCCAAUGCUGUUUCACAGAAUGCAUGAGCAUGGAAAAAUAACAUUCCUCCUUACAAACAGUGAUUAUUCAUAUACAGAGAAAAUAAUGUCAUAUUUAUUUGAUUUUCCUCACUUGAAAAAAGCAAAUAAAGAUUGGAAAACCUAUUUUGAUUACAUUUUGGUGGAUGCAAAGAAACCUUUAUUUUUUGGUGAGGGAACAACACUUCGAGAAGUUGAUAUAAGCACAGGAACUCUUCAAAUUGGCACACAUAUGGGACCUUUACAACCUGGUCAAGUAUAUUCAGGAGGGAGCUGUGAUGUUUUUACACAGUUGAUAGGUGCCAAAGGAAGAGAUGUACUGUAUGUGGGUGAUCACAUUUAUGGUGACAUUUUGAAGUCAAAGAAAACUCGUGGCUGGAGGACUUUUCUUAUUGUACCUGAAUUACAACGAGAACUCAAUGUUUGGGUUAACAAACAAGAAUUAUUCAACAGAUUACAAGAUUUAGAUGUCCAACUCGGUGAUACAUAUCGUGAUUUGGAUAGCAGCUGCAAAGAAGUACCAGAUAUUAGUGAUAUAAGAUCCAAAAUCAGAGAAGUAGUACAUGAAUUAGAUAUGUCAUAUGGUAUGCUUGGAAGUAUAUUUAGAAGCGGUUCAAGGCAGACCUUUUUUGCAAAUCAAAUUUGUCACUAUGCUGAUAUUUACUCAAGUAGUUUCAUGAAUUUGAUAUAUUAUCCUUUUAGUUACAUGUUCAGGGCACCUCCUAUGUUGAUGCCACAUGAAUCGACUGUAACUCAUCAAGGAGCCAGUCUCACAAAUGGUGAAGUGGAGGAACUGGAGGCUGAGCAAGUGGUACAAUCCAUCCAGAGACGCUCUAAAACAGAAUGCGUGGAGAGUUUGGUGCCACAUCUUUACGCAGAACCUCCCGAAGUCAUCACUCAUCACCAUGACACAGAUGAAGAAGAGGAAUCCGACAAAUCUGCAGAACAGUAGAUGAUGUGCAAAAUUUAAUUUAUAUACAAAGCAUUCUCAUUAAAAGGGGACUUAAAAGAAUGCAAAAAGGGAUAUCAUAUUUUGACCAAAUGUAAAAAAAAAACCUCUGCACAAAACAACAAACUUUAUAGAUGUAUAAAAAAAAAAAAAACAAAGGAGAUACCUUGUCUCAAAUCAAGGCAUUUACUAAAAACUUCUUUAAUAAUAUCACUUAUUUAAGAUUUAUAAAAAUUCACUUUUUGGUAGUAUUUAAUAUAUUGAUUAAAAAAAAAAGAGGCCAGUACCUUUUUAAUGUCUCCA